ACUAAUGAACUACACGGGAAAGUUUGUGCUAGCACCUAUGGUGCGUAGUGGAGAGUUGCCCACACGUCUCCUCGCACUCAGACAUGGUGCUGAUUUGGUGUGGUCACCCGAAAUCGUCGACAAAAAGUUGCUCACGUGUACAAGGCUGUACAACUCCAAACUCAACACCACUGAGUUCAGGGAACCGAAUGGAAGGAUCGCCUUAAGCACAUAUAAGCCAUCGGAAGCAGGAAAGCUCAUCUUCCAAAUGGGUUCUUCCAGCCCGGAGCUUGCAGUGAAGGCAGGGCUAAUGGUAAUCAACGACGUGGAUGGUAUUGAUCUUAACUGUGGGUGUCCCAAAAACUUUUCAGUCCAUUCGGGAAUGGGAGCUGCUCUUUUAAGCACACCGACUUUACUUUGUGACAUCUUGAAAAGCUUGGUACAGAAGGUGGGGGACCCCAACAACAAGCCGAUCAGCUGCAAAAUCCGUCUUCUUGGAGACUUGCCAUCAACUUUGGAGUUGGUGGAGCAGAUUUGUCAGACUGGAAUCAAAAACUUGACGUUGCAUUGUCGGACCCGCUCCAUGCGGAACCGUGAAGAGCCUCUCCAUGACUACGUUCCCGAAAUCAUCAAGAUCACAAAAAAGUAUAACAUUAGCUUCAUCAUUAACGGUAACUUGCGCAAUCGGUUGGACUUUUUCGAAUUGCAACAAAGAUACGGGCCGGAAGUGGGAGGUAUGGUGGCAGAGGGUGCUGAGGCCAAUCCCUCAGUGUUCAGCAUCAAUCCUGUACCCUGGAACGAGAUUAUCUUGGAGUUUUUGCAAAUUUGUUUCAAGUUUGAGAAUCAUCCCUCCAACACCAAGUAUAUUCUUUUGAACCAAAUUCCUUCCAAGUCAAAAUACUACCAGAAGUUUGCCCGAAUGAAGACCAACUUGGACAUGCUCAAUUUGGCCAAGGAACUCCAAGUAGACAAGGACGAACCACUUAAUGGAAAAAUCAAAUUUAGGCAUUUGCAGAAAGAACGGCUUCAAACUAUUGAGCAGUACAGUGCUUGGAAAAAGGAGGUGAUAUCCAAACUUUCUCAGGAUAUAGAGAACGUUUCUUUGGGCCCCAUUGACUUCACCAAGGAGUUUUCCGAUGUCGGAGUCGAGUCGAGUGAAGAAACUGUGGAAUCCAAGUCUCACGUCACCGACACCAACACUUCCACCACAAAGAUCACCACAAAGAGAAGACUCUCUCUUGACAACACAUUACCUCACAAGACCCUUAAGUCUACCUAGAUAACGAUUAAUGUACAAAAUUUUGCUAUACACAAGAUUGGUUUAUGCUAUUUACCCUCUUCCCCUACUGUAAAACUCUCUUAAUUCCACACCAUGCACCUGCAGCAGCAGCCAUGAUCACGGUGGAGUAUCCCAUGGGUCUCACACCUGCACUACUUCUGAAGAGAGCACCAGCCAAAGCACCGGCUGCCACUGAGUUCAAAUCAUCGUGUUUGCCUCUGACAGCGUCCAACGAAGAAUCAAUCAAAUUAUACGUCAACGCCAACACCCCAGCCGAGUUCCCCAAGAAGGGGCCUCUCUUGGUGAUGUGAUUCAACACUGUGUUCAACUUCAAUCUGGAAGACGAGUUGGCAGGUAAAUUCUGCAAUCCUUCUUGAAAUCCAUAAGCACCUCCAACUCCCAAACCCAACAAGUACACGGCCCCGGUUCCGUAACACAAGUCGUCGGUCCAGUUUCUGGAAGGAAUCAACCCUUGGGCGCCUUCCACCGUGUUUAAUUGUUCUUCUUCCAAAUCCAAGUAUUCGAUACCUCUAUCCAAGCCGGCCAAAGGAUGUAACUUCUGCGAGUCAAAGAGACCUGGCUGACCCAAGAAGGAGCUGAUGUUGCUGACUUCUUUGGCGUCGAAACCUAACGUGCUGCUCUCUCCUUGAUGUUCUUGUGUUUGUGGCGAUCCUCCUAAUAACCAGUUCAUGUUUGCCUUUUGUAUCGGUAUAGUCGAU